AUGCCAACAAGGUGGGGGAGCUCCUCCCAGUACCUUUUCACCUUCUGGGUAGGACAUACCCUGGACCACGUCACUCCUGGAAAACAACCACAACGAUCCCUCAGAAUGAGCAAAAGUCAGUCCCAGAAAUCUAACAACCAAGAAGUAAAAGAUGAAGGAGAGAGUGUCAGUCAGAGCAGUAGUGGCAAUGCCAUUGGACCAAGAUCAAAACUACAGCCCUUAUCAGCUACAUCAAGAAACAUCGCGCACAAGGAGGCGAUGGCCUCAACUUUAGGAGGGCAUUUUGGCCAGGGGUGGCAGCUGGCAUUGCACCUCUUCUUGCAAAAGGACCAGCAAAAUGUGCGACUUGCUGUGGUUCAGAAUGGGGCAGGGUUUCUCCGUACCAAAUAUAAUGAAAUCAGUGCAAUUGCAAACUUAUCUGGUGUACCGUGGGACAACAAACUAGGGUUGAAUAUACUUGACAAAUGUGAAGCGGUCUGGGCAGAAAUUGCUGAGGUAUCUAGUCUGCCUGUUUCUGCCACCACAAGUUCUACCAUGUCUAUUGCACGUACACUUGCUGUGCCUACCGUCUCUCAUGCAGUGCCCGCUGUUGUGGCUGCUACACCUGCCAUCCCUUGUGCAGCUGUGUCUGACAUAGCCGCAAAAGGUCCUCCUGGUUGCAUCAACAACUGGCUUGGCGGCCUUCCCUCCCCAACUUCUGCAGCUGUGCUUCCUCUCAUGAGUUUGACCACUUCAGCUAGCAGCAAGCGCUCGGCUCGAGAUGCUGAGAUUGACAUUGAUGAAGGUGCAACUGUCAUCUCCCACAGCAAGAGCGCUGGUGGAAGCAAUUAA